AUUUUUUCCUACUUUUGUGGCAAAUCUAAACAUGAAUCGCUUUUGGUUAACACGGAGUGUGCUGCUUUUGUUAGUAGCCUAUCAAACUCGGGGCACGAGUCGCCAACAUCCACACUGACCGCUGGGUUCGCUCUCGUAACUCUCUAGUGCGCCCGGUAGCGGCCGGUCAUUUGUGUAGAAUUCAGGGACACACACGGACACUCCAACACAAACAAACAAUUAGAAGCAGACAGAAUAAAUCCGUUACUGUUUUCAAAGGUUUGGUCUUAAUAAAACUCGCUGCGGGGGUAAGUUUGUCAAAAGAACUUGCGGAUUAAGAGAAGAUAACUGUCCGGUUUGCGUCGGAGGGAGAGGCACGCAGACGAUUUCUUUCUAUGGUGGGAGAGCGUGGAGGAGUUCGUUUAUAGCAUAACAGAAUCGAGGAACCCAAAGGCAACUGUGAUUCUUGUCAGUAAGGAGGAGAGAUGGGGUCCGUGUCCAGGUGAUCCAGGCUUCUCCAGAUCAGAACCCUCCAUGAUCAUUGACCAUGCCACACCUGCAGGGGGCGCCACACAGGUCUACGUCCUCCCUCCCCUCCCUCCUCCUCCUCCUCCUCCCCCUCCUCUCCUCCCCCACCACCCUGGACGCCCGUUCCUACCCCCUCUUCUCCCGUAACGACACUGAGUUCCAACACCUGGUGCUCCACUCGGACCCCAGGGUGACCCGCAUCUACGUGGGGGCCCGGGACCACCUCUUCCAGCUGGGGGCCGUCGGGGGGCCGGGGGGCACCCUCCGUCUGGAGCAGGAGGAGACCACGGGCCCCGUCAGCGACAGCAAGGACUGCCUCCCCCCCGUGACCCCGGACAACUGUCCGCAGGGGCGCCGCACCAGCAACCACAACAAGCUGCUCCUGGUGGACGCAGGUGCAGGUGAGCUGAUCACCUGUGGCAGCGUCCUGCAGGGAACCUGUCAGAAACGCAGCCUGGGCAACAUCAGCCAGGUGCUCUACUCCGCCCACCGCCCCGUCGACACGCAGUACGUGGCUGCUAACGACCCAGACGUGUCCACGGUGGGGCUGGUGGUGCAGAGGGCCGAGGGGGCGGUGCUGUACGUGGGGCGGGGCUACACCAGCGGGCACCCGCCCAUCUCCACGCGCCACCUGGCGACCGCGCCCGUGUUCUCGUAUGAGGAGACUGCCAAGCUGGGCGUGGCCGGGCGGCUGUCGGAGUACGACCACCAUUUCGUGGCGGCGUUCUCCAGAAGCGGGUUUGUCUACUUCCUGUUUUACCGGCGUGACAUCAAGGCCCUGACGCGCGAGUACCGGACCUUCGCCGCCCGCGUCUGCACGGACGACUCCUCCUACUACUCCUACGUAGAGGUGCCUCUCGUCUGCCGCUCCUCCUCCACCUCCUCUUCCUCUUCAGGGAGGGUCUACAACCUCCUCCAGGCGGCCCAGGUGGGAGAGGGGUCAGGCGGGGAGGGCCAGGCCGUCCUGGGGGUCUUCUCCUCCAGGCUGGGCCCCCUGGAGGCCUCGGCCCUCUGCCUGUUCCCCCUGGAGGAGCUGGACCGCCGCAUGGACUCCGCCAGGGACCUCUGCUACACGCAGGACGGGAGGGCGGAGGACGGAGGAGAGGGGGCCUACAUCGAGUACGAGGUCAAAUCCAGCUGCGCCAACCUGCCGCAGAACACCCUGAAGGCGUAUCCCUGUGGCUCAGACCACACCCCCAGUCCAAUGGCGAGCCGGGUCCCGCUGGAAGCCGAUGCGGUAUUGGUCAGCUCGCCCGCCCGUCUCACAGCCGUGGCGGUCAGCGUGAGGGAGGGACAUUCCAUCGCCUUCCUGGGAGAUGACCAGGGAAACCUCCACAAGGUGUUCCUGGGUCCAGGGGGACAGGUAGAGAGGUACUCCGUCACCUCUGUCCAGCCAGACUCUGCUGUCCACCCUGACCUGCUGCUGGACUCUUCUGGAACACACAUCUACAUCAUGACCACACACACUGUGGAGCGGCGACCCGUGGCGGAGUGUGGAGAACACCUGGACUGUGCAGGCUGUCUGCAGGCCCGGGACCCAUACUGUGGAUGGUGCGUCCUGGAGGGCAGGUGUGUCCAGAGGUUGGAGUGCCUGGGGGGGGCCCGGGGGGGGCAGUGGUUGUGGAGUUUUGACCGCCAGCAGAGCUGUCUGAGAGCCCAGUUCCUCAGCAUCAACAACAUCAGCAGAGGAGAGAGAGCUGAGGUGGUGGUGUCGGUCCCAGCCCUACCCAGCCUAUCAGAGGGGGAGUCCUACUCCUGCUUCUACCAGGACACCCGGAGCCCCGCCUCCAUCACCGACACUGGCGUCACCUGCUCCACCCCCGACGCCAACACCCUGCCUCCUAUUGGUCAAGGUCAGGACUCAGUGACGGUGCCACUGUCUGUGCGCUUCCUGAACGUGACGCUGGUGUCCGCUGAGUUCACCUUCUACGACUGUGAGCUGGUGCAGGAGCUGUCUGGACGCAGACCGUGCCGGGGGUGCGUGAGCAGCCGCUGGGGCUGUAACUGGUGCAUCCACCAGCACCUGUGCACCCACAAACACACCUGCGACCUGGGCGUCACCAUCCACAACCAGCAGUACAAACCACCACUACCCUCCAUCCCCACCCCCACCACCACCGCUGCCAGCUCCCCCACAACGACCAAAACACAAGACUCCUCCCAAUCAACUGUCCCAACCUCCCCCUCUCGCCCACCCCUACUCCAGGGGGCAUCUGCCCAACCCACCUCUCCUGUCACAACCACCCCAGCACCCCAGCCCACUACCACUGGCCAGGCCAACGCCUCUCCCUGGUCCCCCCUGAUCACUCCCCCCUCCAGCGCUCCCCUGGGCGCCACCCCCACCACCCAGCAGGGGGGAGAGGCCUCGGCUGGGGGGGGCGGGGAGAGCAUCUCCAGGGCAACAACAGAGCCAGGGGAGGGGGGGACAGAGACAGGAGAGGGCCCCAGGACCCACACCCAGACCGAUCCUCAGGACUGGCUUCUGGAGGCCCCGGAAACUACAUUUCCCAGCAGCCCUAGCAGCGUGUCAGAGUCUGACCUCACCGCCACCUCCUCCGGUGGGGUGGCCCUGCUGGGGUUCCCCUUCACUUCCCUGGACCCAAAGACCCCCCACCCCGCCCCCUCGAAGGGGCCGGAGGAGAGGCUGGGAGGAGGGGAGGAGGAGGAGGAGGAGGGAGAAAUUGAGAAGUUGGAUGGAGAGAUGGAGACUGGCACAACAGUGUUGAGUGUCACCAUGCCCACUGAAGUCGUUGGUACCAACCAGACCUCACCUUUCCGUGCCCACACACCACACCCUGCCCCCAACUCUCACCCCAUCUCCAAUCCCAACCCCGACCCUAUUUCUGACCCUGACCCCAGUCCCAAUCCUGACCCUGACCCUAGUCCCAACCCUGAUCCCAGCCCUGACCCUAUCUCCAGUCCCAACCCUGACCCUAGUCCCAACCCUGACCCUAGUCCCAACCCUGACCCUGAACCUAGUCCCAACCCUGACCCCAGCCGUGACUCUGCCCUGUCAGCAGAGUACCAGUCAGACCCAGCGGAGCCAGGCCUCGUGCAGGACUGUCCUUGUGUGGAGGGGAUCCAGGGCUCCUCCCUCCUGCCAGUGAACGUGGAGAGGAAGAUCUCUCUGAUUGGACGACACUUACACCUGUUCCAGGAUGAGGAUCUGGACUAUGAGUGUGUGUUGGGGAUCGAGGGCAGGUCAGUGGUGGUGGAGGCCUUCGUGCAGAUAGAUGACACAGAUCCCUCUCUCUUCAUCAUCACCUGCCACCUGCACAAGUAUUCCUACGCCGAGGCAGUGGAGGAAUACAUGGCUGUGAUCAACGUCAGGCGGAGGGAUACUUUCCAGAUCGACAGUCCUGAGGACUUGCAGGUGACUCUGUUCAACUGCUCGGUGGGGCGUCAGGACUGCAGCCGGUGUCGCACAGCGGCGCGGGGGUACGGGUGUGUGUGGUGCGGCCAGGACGCCUCUCCAAGCUGCGUCCACCAGGACUCCUGCCUCCGACACACCCACACCUGCCCCGCCCCCGCCAUCCACUACGUGGAGCCAGCGUCGGGGCCAGUGGAGGGGGGCACGAGGAUCACCAUCUCUGGCUCCAACCUGGGCCAGCGGGUCCUGGACAUCCAGGACUUUGUGAGGGUAGCUGGGGUGCCGUGCCUGGUCCUGCCCAGCAGAUACGAGGUCUCCUCCAGGAUAGUGUGUGAGACCACUCCCAGCGGGGGAGAGAGGCGUGGCCAGGUGUCUGUCCAGGUGAGGGGCGGCGACAUCGGCCUCUCCACCCAGAGCUUCAGCUUCCAGGACCCAGUCCUGACAGGAUUGACCCCCCAGCGAGGGCCGAGGUCUGUGGGCUCAACGCUGAGCAUCAUGGGACACCGGCUGAGGACCGGGCACCCUGGAGAUGUCAGCGUUCUGAUUGGAGGAGUACCGUGUCACAUUGCGUCUGAGGUGUUGGCCGGCCGGCUGAGCUGUGUGACGGGGCGCAGCAACAGCACCGGGGAGCAGCGUGUGACGGUGCGCUUCGGCCGGGCGGAGCGCCACCUGCAGGCUGCCCUGUAUCACUACACCCCCGACCCCAACAUCACCUCAGCUGCCCCCUCCAAGAGCUUCCUCAGUGGGGGCAGGGUGAUCCGGGUGUCUGGUCAGUACCUGGACGUGGUGCAGGAUCCCAGGAUCAGGGUGACCCUCAGCCCCCCGGACCCCCCCCUGCCCCCCCGCAGGAGGAGGAGGAGCGUACCUGAGCCAGGCUGUCCUGAAGACACACUCUGCCAUGUCCAACAGUAUGAGUCCAGCUGUGGGGUCUGGAGCUCUUCCCUGAUCCUGUGUCCCACCCCGGCGGUGGGACAGGAAGCUAGGCGUGCGCGGGUCCAGGUGGACUUCCUGUUGGACAGCCUCCAUUUUGCCUUUGGCUCGGUGAGCAGCGAGGCGUUCAGCUACGAGCCCAACCCAGUCCUGUACCCCCUGAACCAGCAGGACCCCAGCCGGCCCUACCACCACAAGCCUGGCAGUGUCAUCUCUGUAGAGGGAGAGAACCUGGACCUGGCCAUCCACAAGCAGGAGGUGCUGGCUCUGAUUGGAGGAGGCGUGUGUGCCGUCAAGACUCUCACCCACAACCACCUGUACUGUGAGCCGCCAUCCCAGCAAGUCCUGCCCACCAGGAAACAGGAAGUGAUGGACGCUCUGCCAGAGUUCACUGUUCAGAUGGGGAACCUGAACUUCUCCCUGGGGCGAGUUCAAUACGACUCCCUGGGCCGCUCCAUGUUCCCGCUGGAGGCCCAGGUGGGGCUGGGAGUGGGCGCCUCUGUACUGGCCCUGCUCGUCCUCAUCAUCCUGCUCAUAUACAGGAGGAAGAGUAAGCAGGCUAUGAGAGACUAUAAGAAGGUUCAGAUCCAGCUGGAGAACCUGGAGACCAGUGUGAGAGACCGCUGCAAGAAGGAGUUCACAGACCUGAUGACAGAGAUGAUGGACGUGUCCAGUGACCUGGGGGGCUCGGGCAUCCCCUUCCUGGACUACGGCACGUACGCCGAGCGCAUCUUCUUCCCAGGGCACCGGGAGUCCCCGCUCAGGAGGGAGCUGGACGUGCCGGAGGCCCGCAGGCACACGGUGGAGCAGGGCCUGGUGCAGCUGUCCAACCUGCUCAACAGCAAGCUGUUCCUCACCACGUUCAUCCACACUCUGGAGGUGCAGAGGACUUUCUCCCCGCGUGACCGCGCCUACCUGGCCUCCCUCCUCACGGUUGCGCUGCACGGUAAACUGGAGUACUUCACCGACAUCCUGAAGACACUGCUCAACGACCUGGUGGAGCAGUACGUGGCCAAGAACCCCAAGCUGAUGCUGCGCAGGACUGAGUCUGUGGUGGAGAAGCUCCUGACCAACUGGAUGUCCAUCUGUCUGUUCACCUUCCUCAGGGACUCUGCGGGUGAGGCCUUCUACAUGCUGUUCAGGGCCAUCAAGCACCAGGUGGACAAGGGUCCCGUUGACGCGGUUACGGGGAAGGCCAAGUACACCCUCAACGACAACCGGCUGCUCCGGGAGGACGUGGAGUACCGCACGCUGACGCUGAAUGUGCUGAUGCCUGCGGCUAGCGGUGGCCCGGUUACCACGGUACCGGCCAAGGUUCUGGACUGUGACACCAUCACCCAGGUGAAGGAGAAGGUUCUGGAGCAGGCCUGGAAGGGAACAUCCUUCUCCCAGAGACCCCACACCGACGCGCUGCACCUGGAGUGGCGCGCGGGCGUGGCAGGUCACCUGAUCCUGUCGGACGAGGAUCUGACGUCGGUGGUGCAGGGCUCCUGGAAACGCCUCAACACCCUUCAGCACUACAAGGUUCCUGAUGGAGCCACUGUGACUUUAGUAACCAGGAACACCAAACACCUGCACCAUGACUGCCAUGACUACUCACCUGGAGAGAAGACCCCCAUGCUGGACGAUGGUGAGGAGGGCGGAGUCAGGCUGUGGCACCUGGUGAAGGCCAGCGAGGAGGCGGAGAUUCCAAAGCAGCGCGGAGGGAGCAUGAGGGAGAGGGGUGGGGCCAAAGCGAUCCCUGAGAUCUACCUCACCAGGCUGCUGUCCAUGAAGGGAACCCUCCAGAAGUUUGUGGACGACCUGUUCACGGUGAUCCUCAGCACCAGCCGGCCAGUCCCCCUGGCUCUCAAGUACUACUUUGACCUGCUGGACGAGCAGGCCCUGCUGCACAACAUCUCUGACCCCGACACCAUCCACAUCUGGAAGACCAACAGUCUACCGUUGCGGUUCUGGAUCAACAUCCUGAAGAACCCUCAGUUCAUCUUUGACGUGCAGGCGAGCGAGCACGUGGACGCAGUGCUGUCUGUCAUCGCUCAGACCUUCAUGGACUCCUGCACCCUCGCAGAGCACAAGCUGGGCAGGGAUUCUCCCAUCAACAAGCUGCUGUACGCCAGAGACAUCCCCCGUUACAAGCAGAUGGUGGAGAGGUACUAUGCUGAUAUCCGCCAGACCAUCUCAGCCAGCGACCAGAUGAAUUCUGCACUCGCUGAGCUGUCUCGGAACUAUUCUGGAGAGGUGAACUUCAUGGUGGCCCUGCAUGAGCUGUACAAGUACAUCAACAAAUACUACGACCAGAUCAUCACAGCUCUGGAGGAAGACCCCACAGCCCAGAAGAUGCAGCUGGGCUGCCGUCUCCAGCAGAUCGCCGCCGCCGUGGAGAACAAAGUCACCGACCUCUGAGUGGGCGGGGCCAGGCCAGGGCCUGACAGAAGGACAGGAAGUGGAAGAGAAAUCCAUAAAGGAAAGGAGCAGAACGGGAAGAGAGGAAUGCUAGCUAUGCCUGAUGUCAUGUCCCUAGUCUUUGUCAGGAAACAGAGAGAGUAUCAAAUGCCAAAUGUCCGUCUAUCCACUGACCUUUAACCCCUGACCUUUACCUCCCUGACCUUUACCCCCUGAAGCCUCUUAUUGGCUGACAAGUCUCUGUUCCAGGAACUGGAGGGCAUGGCAGAUAGGGAGCGUACAGACUAAACCAACAUAGCUGAUCCCUGAAGAGGACUAGGUGAUGUUUUACAGGAGCAGAUGCUAGGAUGCUAUCGUUGUUCCAUUACUAAUGCCUUUUGUUGUCUAGAAAUGUUUGCUCAAGUCUUAGUUUUACCAGAGCUGUGUGGGUUACCAGCAUGUUGUCCCAGCCAGCCAGAAGUGAGUUUUUGAAGUGAGUUUGAAGGUAUGAAGGCAGUUGGAAAGUAAUUCCUCACGGCCACUUACCUCAGACAAUAAGGACCAGUCACGCGUUUUUGUCUAAGGAACCACACAACGACCCGACAAGUCUGCCUGCAUCUAGACUGACCCGUCCUGAAACUGAGAGGAUCUAGAACCACGGCACCCUAAAUUCCAACAACAACACUGGGUUUGUUCCCCUGACGAUCCCUUGGUUCCCCAGACGAUCCCUUGGUUCCCCUGACAAACCCUUGGUUCGCAGUGACAGAUU